AUGGAAAAAAAUACGAAGAGUGUGCUAGUCAAAAGUGCAAUGCAAUCGUUUGGGCAGAAAAUUAUUCAUUCGCAUGACUGCCAGUUCGACAAAGCUGUAAUGAGCAAGUCUUCCGAAACUAGUAAAGAUAAACUGAAGAAUUGCCCAGCGUUCGUAAAGGUAGUAGAAAAUGAAGAUGGAGUUUUAGACUGUGUGGGAUUUUUCGAUCAUCUUGGCCAUAGUGAAGAAUCGCUGGACAGGGAAUCACCUUCAAGGAGUAAAGAGAAUGCGGAUAAGGAUGCCACGGUAUCUGAACCAUGCAUUCUUUGUGGAAAUGAUUUCCCUCCGGAAGUAGACAGACGGACGACUGAUUACGUACAAUGGCUUUAUUGCAAUGUUGCUGAGUGUGGGUCGAGUGCACAUGUGUGGUGUAUCCAACUUCUCGGAAAUAAGUGUAUCAAAUGCGAAAAAGGACUACUAAUAGAAAGAAAUGAAGAACCAUCUUCGCCGGGUACCUGA